AUGCAAAGGCUUUCUCUGAGCUUCAGGUGGAAGCGUCAACCCUUCAACGUGAUAAAGGGGAAAAAGAAAAACGCGCUCACAGGGGAAUUUCUCCCGCAAGUUCUUCCAGUGAAAUGGGAAUCACCUUUUGGUCGUAUGCCAAGAAAUAACUUGGUCACUUGGCCAGUAUUCUUGCCUUUUUGGUUUAGUCGAUAUCAUCCAAAGAGUGCUUUUAUGGAAGGGGGCUCCACCCGCAUUAAUGGUGGAUUAAAGAUUAGGUUGAGAGUGUUGACCAUGACCCAACUCGGACAGGCUCAAGAUGGAAAGUAA